CGCACCAAGAAAACAUCAACAGGAUCAACAGCAAGCUUACGUGCGGUUUCUGGUUUCUGGCAGUGCUCAAAAAUUCGUCAAAAAUUGUUAUUGUAAAAAAUAAUCAACUGAAAGAAUAUUAUUUUGAAAAAUAAACCAUGUCGCGGUUCAUUACCGAGGAAGGCAUUUCACUGGGUUACUCCUCGGAGACGGACGACUACGAAUCGGAAUGUGGCCGGGAUUCGCCUUUAACUGCGGAACCGCACGAAAUCUACGUGGGUAAUACAGGCAAGGUACGGUUGGAUAAAUGCUACCAAAUGUUCAAACAAUUCGGCGUGAUCAAAGAUUUUACCGUCUGGCGAACGCAUAAUCAUUUGUACCACGCACGGAUUGUUUACCGUGCGAAGGAAGAAGCGAAGAAUGCGGUCGAGAAAAUGAAUAACCGGAAAGCAUUCGGCAAACGAAUUCGGGUUUCGCCCGUGCUGGAGCGUACUGUGUUGAAAUAUGCGGCGGCGAUUAGAAUAGACGAUAUUGCGCCGGGGGUUUCCGAGGAGGACAUCUAUGAGCAUUUUGAGAAAUGCGGGGAGAUAGAUUUUGUCGUCAAGGUCGGUUACGCGGCCUACAUUCAGUUCAAACAAGCAACUUCUGCCUCGCGGGCGCUCAAAUUGGACAUGAUCUUGAACGGGGAUCCGUAUAUGUUGUGUCGGCUCGCUCCGGACGACCGGAUCGAUCACGUUCAGGUGAUUGACAACAUGAAGGACAUCAAGUACCGGAAACCGUUUGUGAUGGUGGAAAACUAUCCGGAGCUCCCGUACGGGGAGCUCAGCCGGUACAAGGAAAAUUUCGAAUCAAUUGGACCGGUGAGGCAUUUCAAGAUCGCAGCCACCGGCAACAAGACGGUCACGCUGGCGCUUUGCAUGGACAGAGCGGAUGAUCGCGAUUUGGUGAUAGAUCGUUUUAACGAUGCAGUCAUCAGCGGAAAGCGAUUGAAACUGUACAUGGCACCCGGUAAAGCGCGGAUGAUGCCACAACAUGUGGCUAAAUAUGCCAUUUGCAAGAAUUCAGUUAAGGUGGACAAUAUUCCUGCAUAUUUUAAGGACUACGAAGUAUGCAUGUUGUUCGCAAAAUGUGGAGCAACGAUCAGCUUUGUGGAGAAAGUAGCUCACGCCUGGAUAAUAUGUUUCGAUAGUCCUUGGAUGGUCUCUUUGGUGCGAGAACAUCAUAUUAUGACGUUCCAGUACGAAUUACGAAUCACCAAUUUGACACAGGAAACAAUGCCUAUCAAAAGUAAAAUCAAACUACGCGAUCCUGAUGCCCAUAAAACACCAAAUCAAGCAUUAAAUAAAUCUGAAGAAUCGAAAGUUUUAGCAAAAAAUGAACCAAAUAGUGUACCGCUGGAACGCAGAACCGAAGAUUUGCUUAAAAAGGCUGUGCAAAACAUUGACAGAACUUCAAUCAAGCCUCCAGGGAAUGAGCCUCAAAAAUUUAACAGUCCUGUUGCGAAAGUAACGCCAAUGGCUAAGCAGAAAGCUUCAGAUGACGGAUCAGUCUGCAGCAAUGAAGAUAAUAAUGAGAAAAAUUUAGGGUUCAAAAAAUUGUAUAAAGAAUGGUACAACAGUCUCAUGAUCUCCAACCUACCGAAAGGCAUUAGUGCGGACGAUGUUCGAACAAUGUUCAAAGAAUAUGAAUUUAGAACGAUCACCGUUUACUGCUCCAAUGAUCCCUACUACCCAUCGUCAACGGCGAUCAUGAAUCUCGCUUCCAAGCCGGCCGUGAAACAUAUUGUCAAGCGCCACCACGAACGGAUCCAACAUAAGCGAAUCUUCAUCAAGACCACCAUUGCGCACUAUUGGAGUGGGCUGAAUUUUGCAUCCACAAAAAGUAUUAUGCUGAAGAAUUUACACGCGGACGUCAGCGAAGAAACUAUUCUCGAAGAGGUGGAGAAAAUUCUCGGUCCUGACACGGUGGAGGAUGUCCUCAAGCCCACGCACUACUACGCGUACUUUGAUCUGAAGGGGGAUCUGACGGCGCGCCAGGUGUUGCAUCGGCUUCGGAAUUCAUUCAUGCGCUGCAAAAUCGAUGUGUUUCCUCUGUACUGCGAGGUGCCCAAAAGGUACCUGGGUACGAAUUCGCUCAUACGCCGAUCGCUGGUCGGAACGCGAGAAAAGUACGGAACUCGCGUAUGCAACGAUGAGGAUAAGGAGCUGUACGGUGAUCAGUUUGGCGAGCACAAUGCUCAUAGACUGUUCGUCGGUAACAUACCGCGUGUGGCCCAAACCGAGGAUAUCAUUGCCUACUUCAACAACUUCGGCACCGUUAUCGAUUACUCUCGGAUAGAAAAGAAGAGCUGCAUCCUGCGUAAAUCGGCCAUCAUCAGCUUUGUGGAUAAAAAGCACGCGCGGAAUGCAUAUUGCCAGCAGCCCCAUUAUCUGGAGGGAAGUUUGCUGGGUGUGCACUUAAUGGAUGGACCACCCAUGAGCAAAUCGAACAGAUGUCAAUUGUUAACCGUGAAGGUCCGCACUAAAUAUUUAACCGAUGAUGAAAUUCGCGAUGAGCUGCAGAAAGUGAUAAAUAUAGUCUACGACUUGCGAUUCGAUGCGUUCAAUGACCGCGCCAACUAUGUGGCAUAUUAUAAAGACUUGAAGCAUAAAGGAGUCACAUCCCAGAACUGGUUAACAAUACAUCAUAUCAAUGAUGAGCCUAUAAAAAUUAUUCCUGGAUAUGAGAGAGAAGGCGCUUCUGAUGACGAUGCUUUUGAUCAGAAGAUCACUUCUCCGCACCGUCAACAGAAGGAAAGUUUUUUGGGAUAUGUGGUAUAUACUGAGACACUAAAAAAAGACAUGGAAAUGCACACCAGACUAUUGGGCGAACAACACGUUCCUUACAAAUCUUUUUAUAACGAACAAUCAGUACAAAUCAACAACGUUGCAAGGGAAACACGCCUGGUGGAUUUCCAAGAUCUGUUCAUCAAAUGUGGGGACAUCGAAUACUAUCGCGAACUAUACCUGGAGGAAGAUGGUAGCAAAAUUUGUUUUAUAAAAUUCAAUAUUGAUCUUGCUGCGGAUUUAGCUUGCACCUAUAACCAACGAAUGCUACACAGCAAACGGAUUCUGGUUCAUCGAGCGAAGGAAACUUUAGCGUCAGAAUGGGAUUGUACAGUAUUACUGGAGAGACUCAAUCCGAUGACAAACGCGGAAAAUAUCCAUGAUGCCUUCUCGACAGUCGGCACUGUCAAGUACGUUCAAAAGCAAUCGCCAUUUACGGCAAUCGUGUGCUUCAAGGACGCCGAAAGUGUUUCCGGAGCGAUGAGCGUGACUUCCGUUCCCUAUUCGAACCAUAUCAUGGUGAACCCCUGUCGUGAAGAGUACAACUACAGUUUCUACGGUAAUUUUUCUUGUCAGGAGCAGAUUUUCUCGGUGGAUCAGAUACUCGUUGCGUUGAAACCUCGCAUAUUGCCGGAAUUCCACCAACUGGAAAUAGAACGCCGUAAUGAAGACUUCGACAAUGAAAACGCCAGCACAAACGAGAAGCGAAGUCAACCUACAGAAGCGGACGAUGAAGAUGAGGAAGAGCUUCCAGCUCAACCCAAACGUGCCCGUUUGGAUGCACCAAAUGUACAAAUUCAACACUCAGAUGCGUUCGAUUAUGGAUCGGGCCACUCUCGUGAUGAACUGGUACCGCAGCACAGAAUAGAACCAAUUAUCACUACGGUGAAUCCCAACUAUGAGGUAGAUCAGCGACACGCAAAUCCCGGAUUCGACAAUAUGCAUCGCCAGCACAUCGGUGGAAUGGGACGAAUGCCGGGACCGUCCCAGCCACCUGAGUGGCAAAUGCAACAACGGAUCGCAGCUAGGGCAUAUAAUGCUGGACCCUCUUUCCAACAGCCUCGUCCCCUAGAUGGUCCACGACGGCAGCCCAUGGGUUUUUAUCGACCACCUUUUUAUGAUUGAGAGAAAAGAGUAACGUUUUCUUGUUGCCUCUGGAAUAUAUUGAAAUUUGAAUAUAUUUUCAUUUUCAAAAAAAAAAUACCGAUUCCAUAGCAAACGUGAAUCAUCUUUAUUCAAGACAUAUCACAGAGCAGUCCAAUCCAGAGCAAUUAACCAAGCUCUUCAAUGUCGAGGCCAUUUGUUUUUCGGAUAAGCUAGGAGAGGGAAAGCUAUCCAAGAUUAUCCAUCGUGCCAAUAAGGUCAUGAUCGUACACGAAGGGAGUCGGGAAAUCACGCACUUCUGGUGUGCCCGAGUCCACCUUUCUUAUGAGGAUUCACAGACUCGAUCACUUGGUCUGUAAUAAGUCCAGAAGUUGGAAGUGUUUAGUGGUAAGUAUAUGUACUUUUUAAGUGACGUCAAGUGUUACCAUAGAUAACAGAUAUUGAGGCUAGUAUCCGAUACGUAUGUAAACAUCUGGAACCGUUGAUUCAAAUGUAUUCACGGCGUGUUUGGUAGAAUAAUAUUAUCACAAUAAAAUAAGCAUCAAUAAAGGUUCAACUAUACGUGAAAAUAUA